CAGCUAGUAGUGCUCGGCGCCGGCGUUAUUGGUCUCACGAUCGCCUACCUUGCAUCUGUAGCUCCUGAUGCUUUGUUCAGGGUGACUAUCGUAGCUCGAGAUAUGCCUGAGGAUAUGGAGUCCCAGGCAUGGGCCAGUCCAUUUGCGGGCGCAAAUUGGUCCCCCAUGCCCAUGGGGGGUAUUGAUCCACGUGUGCGCCGACGGGAGCAGGUUACCUUUGACAAGUUCUGGAACAUGAUCCCUACUGGCCUUGUGAAGAAACUUCCUUCCAAGAUUUACUCAAAAAGUGCCGGAAGUGCGUCCGAGUUGUGGUGGCAUGAUCUAGUACGCGAAUUCCGAAUUCUUGCUCGGGAGGAAAUACCGGAACCAUAUGUUGCUGGAGUGGCUUUCUGCACUGUUUCUAUCAAUCCGCAGGAGUAUAUACCAUGGCUCAGCUCGGAGCUCAGGGCACGUAAUGUUGAGUUCGUUCGCCAACACGUGAGAACUCUGGAAGAGCUGAGGCCCCUGGUUGGGGCUGAUGGUAUACUGGUGAAUGCAUCCUCUCUUGGUUCCAGAUCAAUCGUUGGUGUCGAGGACACCAAACUGUUCCCAAUACGUGGACAAACAGUUCUUGUACAGUCUUCGCAGUUGCAAGAAUUUCUGGCGGAGGGUCGAUGCAUACUAACCUCGACAGACGACGGUGCAGUACCGGACACCUACAUUAUACCCCGCCCUGGAAGAUCGCUUGCGGAUACGGCACUUCUCGGGGGCACAUUCGAAGUGGGAGAUUGGGAUACCUCCCUCGACAUGAACAUUGCACAGGCUAUUUUUGAUCGUUGUUCGGAACUGGCACCCAGUCUAAGAAAUAGUGAACAGACCAAGAUACUGGCACAUAAUGUUGGCUUGCGCCCUGCGCGUGAGGGUGGACCACGGCUGGAGGCUGAGAUCGUCCAUUUUCCACUUCGCGGAGAAAAUCACAAUCUCGUCCCCUGGAACACGAUUUCUUUGGAGGAAGGAAAAAUGCGGGUCGUGCAUGCAUAUGGGUUCGGGGCGGCGGGAUACCAGACUUCGUGGGGGGUUGCAGAAGAUGUCAUGGCCAUAGUUACAGGGUUGUAAGGGUGUAGGAUAGUACGACC